ACCAGCAAAGUAGUGCCUCUGACCUGCCACGGCCACUCUCGCCCUAUCACUCACAUCUCCUUCUCGGCCUUAAGCCCGGCUUCGGCGUCUUCCUCGCAACCCCAAUACUACCUCAUCUCGGCAUGCAAGGACAACAACCCAAUGCUCCGUGAUGGUCUGACCGGCGAUUGGAUCGGUACCUUUGUCGGUCACAAGGGUGCCGUAUGGUCUGCUCGCGUUUCCGCAGACGGUUCUCUUGCUGCAACCGGUUCGGCCGACUUCAGCGCAAAGGUCUGGGAUACUUUCACCGGCGAGCAAUUGCACACCCUGCAGCACAACCACAUCGUUCGCGCUGUCGCAUUCCCUGCUCUGCAAGACAGACCCACCAACCUAGCCACUGGUGGCAUGGAGAAGAAGUUGCGCAUCUGGGACUUGACACGCGCGGGAGCCGCCAACGGUGCCUCCUCCGGCGACGAGUUUUACGAGGUCGGUGCUGGCGAGCACGGCCAGACAAUCAAGAGCAUCGUGUGGUCGGCCGCAAACCCUAAUGUGUUGACCACGGCUUGCGACGACAAGAAGCUGCGUUGGUGGGACUUGCGAUCGCGCUCCGCCAUUGCGACACACGAGGUCGAGGGAACCAUUGGUUCCUGCGAACUCAACUCCAGUAUCCUGGAUGGCUCGGCGAAUGGUACCCUGAGUGUUGCCGCUGGGAAGACUGUAUACUUCUUCGAUGGCGCGCGUCCCGGUGCUCUGCUCGACUCCAAGACUUUGGACCAGGAGAUUGCCAGUGUGGCUGUGUGUGGAAGCCAGCGUCGUUUCGUGACCGGCAGUGCCAGGGAUACCUUUGUGCGCGUAUGGGAUCUCGACUCCGGUGCCGAAAUUGAAACACGCAAGGGUCAUCACGGGCCUGUAUGGACAAGCGCAUUCUCCCCGGACGGCAAGCUCUACGCCACUGGCAGCGAAGACGGUACUAUCAAGUUGUGGAAGGCCACCACCGAGUCUUACGGCCUGUGGAGAUAG